GCUGCAUCGCGGGAGGCGUAUGGAGGGGAUGACGCUGGCACGGGCCUGGAAGCGGAUGUCCUGGUUCUACUACCAGUACCUGCUGGUCACACCGCUCUACAUGCUGGAGCCCUGGGAGCGGAUGGAGUUCAAUUCCAUGUUGGUUUCUGUUGUGGGCAUGGCUCUGUACACUGGAUACGUCUUCAUGCCCCAGCACAUCAUUGGCGAUAUUGCACUACUUUGAAAUUGUACAGUGACCACCAUGUGACCAGGAUCAAGAGGUUCCUUGGAGAAGACCCACCCUACAAAGUUGGAAUGAGAUUUCCUCAGAUGUCCUAAGAAACUACUGGAUGUCAACAUAACUGACCUUAUAAAUAUGAAGACUAAAAUUCAUGAGUAGAACAGGAAACUCAUCCUGAUUCAGGUGUUGUGUUCUUUAUUUUUAAUUCUAGAAGAGGCUCUUGUAUAAUAGUUUUUGUCUAUUUUAACAUUGUAGUCAUUUGUACUUUGAUAUUAGUAUUUUCUUAACCUUUGUGACUGUUUCAGUAUUACCCCAUGACAGCUUUUUUUAAUGUAAUUUUGAGUACAUUUUAAUUGCCUUCUAUUUUUAAAACCCAAUUAGUUGGGCUUUAUCAUUUUUGCUAUUGUAUGGAAUAUACAUCUGCCUGGAUAUAUUUCUACUCUUGACCAAAGUUUUGUAAGAAAUAAUACAAGAUUUGGAGCAGGAGGCUGAGUAGGGGAGGAUAUUUUAUUGAGAACUACUUACAAAAGACUUAUCUGUAAACUUGAACUCAGGAGUACAACUUUAGCUAUCUAGACUCUUAACAGUCUUUGCUUUAAAACUAUUAAAAUAUUUCUUAGCAAUUAAAAAAUAAGACCUUGCUAAAAUUAAAAUAAGGAAUAUUUCACCUUUUAAAUAUUUAAUUCUUAUGAGGACUUAUUUCCAGAAAACUUUGGUGGUGAUUCUUAAGAGAAUAAGUGGUUAGUUAAUAGCAUUAUUAGUGUUUCUGAAUACUGUAGAGUUUUUAAUAGAAGGAAAUCAGUUUCCUCUGUGGGCUAUCGUUAACAGCAUAUGCAUUUCUUUAAAUUUAGUUUCAUGAUUGUAAUGAGUGCUGCAAAUGCAUUUGCACAUUGCAGUAAAAUGUGAUGCAAUGAAUUGUUAAAAGCAUAGCAAAAAGAAGUGUGAAUUUGGCUAAAAUUCUUUCACUCUUUGUAUUGUUUUCUUAAAAAGAUUUUUAUUCCUUAAUGUAAAAUG